AUGGUGAGUGGUGGCAAGGCUCCUCGACGCGGCGCGGCGCAGCGGCGCGCGCGACUGCAGGGGGCAAACGCACUGCUGCAGAGCGGCCCGGACAGUGCGUACCCGUCCUCGCGCCUGCUGGUGUGGCACUCGCGCUUCUCGCACGAAGCUUCUCGCCAUGACAGCGUCGUCUCGGGUCACGCCUUGAACCAGCAGAUGGAGGUGUAUCUGCCUGGCAAGGCCGGGAAGGCCGCAGCGCAGUCGCUACAAUGGGAGACGGGCUUUUACUACGAGGUCAAGGCCUCGGUCGACAUGUUUCUGUCGCCGGCCUUCAUCCGCGAGUACCUGGCGGACGGCGGCGCCGUGUUCAUGGUGGCCAAGAACGCGGCGGUGGACGCGUCGCAGUCGGCGAUGUUGCUGCCGUCGGACCAACUACUGCUACUGGUGGACACGCACACGUACCAGCAGUUGGGUAUUGUGGGUGAGAAGUACGGCAAGGCGGUGCCAGCCACCUGCAGGUCGACGCGCGGACAGAAGUACGUCAUUACGCUGGACUUGACGUCGUCGACGUUCGCAGAGGAAGGAGACAACGCCUUUAGAGAUCGAGUGAGACGGGCGUUGAGCUCGAAACUGGAGGAUCUGGAGAUGCUCAUGUGCGCGUACAGUCAGCGCGGAGCGGCGAGGACUAUAUUGUUCGGGGACGAUGACACGGUGCCGCGUCAGCGCAUUGAGCUGAACGCGCAGAUGACGACGCUCAGCGAGGUGUUUCUGCCCAAGUUUGACGCGUUUUACGCGCAGCUUGGUGGGAAGGAGGAGCGUAAUGAGGACGAUGGAAAUAAACUGAGGACGUCGCUGCAGGAGGCCUACGACUGGCUGGGUCUGGUGGCAUGCCGACUCACCGACCUCUUGCAAAGACAGAAACUGGAGGAGUACGUGUCGACUUUCACGGGCUUCCCCGACUCGUUCGAGUGCGAACCGGACAGUGAAGUGACCACGGUGCGAUGGCGUGGCCUGCUGGCUGCUCCGUUUUGCUCCACUAUUGUGGAAAAGGUGCAGCGUGCUGUCAAGAACGGUGAAGUGCCGUGGGGUGCAGUCACGGUUUGGGGCUUCCCGGAUGUCUUUCUGCAACGACGAGAGCAUGGUUACCUAGGGAACGGCAGCAACAACUAUACCCUGCUCAUUCUGCCAAACGAUGAGUACUUCCUGCUGCAGGCUCUCGGGCCGCACGACGCCACGGUGUAA